AAUCAAUUGGUGCUCAUAAUUUAAAUCAAAUAUCAAAAGAUAAAUUUCAAGUGUUACUGUCGUUUUCAUUGAGGUUUUUUUGUGUUUUCAAUAUAUUUUCAACCAAACGAAAUGGCUAACAGAUUUAAUCAGAAAGUAGAUCCAGAGUUAAUAUUUACAAAGCAGGAAAGAAUUGGAAAAGGCUCAUUUGGUGAAGUAUUUAAAGGUGUUGACAAUCGUUCACAGCAAAUAGUUGCCAUAAAGAUUAUUGACUUAGAAGAGGCUGAAGAUGAAAUUGAAGAUAUUCAGCAGGAAAUCAUGGUUUUAUCACAAUGUGAUUCACCAUAUGUCACAAAAUAUUUUGGAUCCUUUCUAAAAGGAACAAAACUAUGGAUUAUUAUGGAAUAUUUAGGAGGUGGAUCAGCCUUGGAUCUUAUGAAAGCAGGAUUGUUCGAGGAGAUGCAUAUUGCAAUAAUUCUCAGAGAAGUACUGAAAGGACUGGAUUAUUUACACUCUGAGAGGAAGCUUCAUCGUGACAUUAAAGCCGCAAAUGUAUUAUUAAGUGAAAUGGGAGAUGUAAAAUUGGCUGAUUUUGGUGUUGCAGGCCAGCUUACAAAUACGACGUCCAAAAGAAACACAUUUGUUGGAACUCCAUUUUGGAUGGCACCUGAAGUGAUAAAACAAUCUAUGUAUGAUUCAAAAGCUGAUAUUUGGUCACUAGGCAUAACUGCAAUUGAGCUUGCGAAAGGAGAACCCCCCAACUCUGAAUUGCAUCCAAUGCGUGUACUUUUUUUGAUUCCUAAAAAUAAUCCGCCACAAUUGACCGGAAGUUAUUCUAAACCAUUUAAAGAUUUUGUUGAAGCGUGCCUAAAUAAAGACCCAGAAAAUAGACCGACAGCAAAAGAGCUUUUAAAGUAUCCAUUUAUAAAGAAGGCAAAGAAAAAUGCAUAUUUGAUUGAUUUGAUCGAUCGUUUCAAGAAAUGGAAGAACCAGAAAGGCGAGGAAAGCGAAACGGAAUCAGAAAAUUCAGAUUCGGAGGAGUCAAAACCAGAUAGCGACUUGGACGAACCAUGGAUUAUGACUGUGAAAGGAAUGAAAGGAAAUGCACAUAAUAAACCUUCUGUUUUUACACUUGAGGAUACUUCUUUCAAUAGCAGUUCACCAAACAACUGUGGAAGUCCUUCGCGAGAUGUAAAUUUGAAUCAUUUGAGUUUGACAAGUUCAUCACAGAAUUUACAGCAAAAGCAAGGAUUUUCACCAAGCAAUUCGCCAACUCGCGAAACCCCAGAGACACAGAUAUCACAAAAAUCUAUUGUGCACUUAAAAGAGAAGAAAGACGAGCGGUAUGUGAUUGAGUCCUCAAUCGAAAACACCAAAAACGAAGAAUUGGUUGUGAAAAGUCCUGAAAAAGAUUUCGAUAGGCCAUUAAAGGAGACGAUCGAACAUGAGGUUAAAGAGGAUACAAGAAACGGACGUACUGCUAUAAACAUUCCAAGCUCCGAAAUUCCAUCGCCAAAAUCACCACAAAGUGCGGUUGAAAAACGAAAUUCAUUCAAAUUUCAAGAACAAAAAGAGCAUCAUCGCGAACAUAAUGGUGCCAAAUCAGGCAAUCUUUAUAACAAUAAUAAAGUAAAUAGCGCUUGCCUUAACAAUUUAAUUCUACCACUUUUAUCAGAGAUAACAAGUAAUCGCAAUCAAUAUCAUCAUAGUAAUAAUAACAACAACAACAAUAAUAAUGGUAACAGAAAUUCUACCGAUGUUGUUGACUUGAAAUCGUCAUUUGAACUUGCAGAACGGAGCUGUCCUGGUGUUACAGAUUUAUUUAUUAAAGAGAUCAUUCAUAAACUGAUGCCUGGAUUUUCGGAAACAAGAAUUAAUCACAUCAUUGAUAAAAUGUCAAGAUAAACUAUAAAGCACGUUAUUUUGUUAUAGCAUUUUUGUGUUGAAGAAAGA